AUGGCCUCCGCCGCACCCUCCCGCUCCCGCUCCUCCUCCUCCGCCGACCAAGACGAGGAGGGCACCGACAGCGACGCCUCCAACGACUCCCCCCCACCCGCUGCCCAGCAGGCCCCGCCCCCACCGUUCCCCGACAGCUCGGCCCCGCCUCCUCCAGCCCCCGCCUUCACCGACCCAGCCAGCGCCGGUGCAGCUCCGCCGCCUCCGCCGCAGGGGGCGAGUGCGGCGGAGGACUCGCGGCGGCUGUUCCAGCGGCUGUGGACGGACGAGGAGGAGCUGCUCAUCCUGCGCGGGUUCCUCGAGUUCACGUCGCGCCGGGGCACCGCCUUCGCGUCGCACCAGUACGACACGGGGCCCUUCUACGAGGAGAUCCGCCGCAAGCUCUCCUUCGACUUCUCCAAGAACCAGCUCAUCGAGAAGCUGCGCCGCCUCAAGAAGAAGUACGGCAAUGGGUACCGCUGCACGCCGGGCUGCCACUCCAGCCCCUGCGGCCUGCCCAGCUGCCACUACUACAACAAUGGCUACCACGGCUACGGCGUGCGCGCGCCGCCGGCGCCGCCACUGGGAUACGCCUGCUAUGAGGAGCAGUCACGCGGAGGCGGAGGAGAAUGCGGCAUCCAGUAA